UAUAAAUUCUCUGAAACCAGGGAGAAGAAACAUUUUACACGCGCACGAGAGAGAACGGCGGUGGAACACGUUAUAAAAAUAAUACCACUGACAGAUAGCCUAUAUGUUGCCAACAUAUAGAGACUAAGCUUUUGCUAUAUUUUCACGCGAGAGUAGGAUAGGAAAAGAAAGGGUUAAUUUUUAUAGCGUUUAUUGGAUGUAUUCGCUUCUGAAUGUAGGCCAAUUCAGCAUCUAAAUAAAGGACUUUUGUUACAUUUAUCCACUUCAGCCAGCUUCAAUCAGCCUUCUAGAGUUGGUGCGAUGAGGCGGGCGAUGAGGCGGGCGCUGAGCGCGGGGCGGUGCCUGGGGCCCAAGGUGUACGCAGCGGCGCCGGACGGCGACUGGGGCUGGGUCGUCGCCGUGUCCUUCUUCUUCGUGGAGAUCUUCACCUACGGCGUCAUCAAGAGCUUCGGCGUCUUCCUGCAGGACCUCAUGAGCGAGUUCGGCGAGACCAACAACCGCAUCUCCUGGGUCGUCUCCAUCAGCGCGUUCGUCAUGACCUUCACCGCGCCCCUCUCCUCCAUGCUGAGUAACCGCUUCGGGUUCAGACCCGUCGUCAUGCUGGGGGGGUGCCUCAUCAGCCUGGGAACCAUAGCAACCGGCUUCACCCAAUCGGUCAACCAGAUGUACCUCACCACUGGCAUCAUCUCAGGCCUGGGUUACUGCCUGACCUUCCUGCCCACGGUCACCAUCCUGUCUCAGUACUUCUCCCGCCGCCGGUCCCUGGUCACGGCCUCCGCCUCCACCGGGGAGUGCUUCUCCAUCUUCGCCCUGGCGCCGGUGCUCACGGCUCUGAAGGAGCGGAUUGGCUGGCGGAUGUGCCUGGUCGUGGUCGGAGUUCUGCAGGGCAGCAUCAUCAUCUGCGGAGCCCUCCUUCGGCCCAUCAUCAUCAAACCCACCGAGGAUGAAGAGGAGGAGGAGGAGGGCGCAAACACGCCCACCAAAGAUCCGCUGGAGGGCACGUAUGCCCUGGAGAACGAGGAGACGCGCACCUCCUCCGACUCCGGGGUGCAGUCUCUGGGCGCCUCUCACACGGACCUGGCCGGGGAGCGCAAUGUUCCGGAGCAGAGGUCAGAGGAGAAGGCUCCGCUCGACCCCGCCCCCGGCCCCGCCCCCGGCCCCGCCCGGCCCGCGCUCCUGGACGUGUCGGUGCUGAGGGACUGGAGCUUCCUGUGCUACGCCAUGUUCGGGCUCUUCGCCACGCUGGGCUUCUUCGCCCCGCAGCUCUACAUCAUCCAGCUGAGCGUGAGCCGCGGCGUCCCCCGGGAGACGGCCGCCUACAUGCUGUCGGCCAUGGCGGUGGCGGAGAUCGCGGGCCGCCUGUCCGUGGGCUGCGUGAUGAACCGGCGGGGCGUGCGGAAGAUCUACGUGCUGCUGGCGUGCGUGUCGCUGCUGUGCGUGGUGCUGGCGCUCUUCACCGCUGCGCAGGGCUUCUGGGGGCUCUGCGCCUGCUGCGCGCUCUACGGCUUCCUGCUGGGCACCGUCUGCUCCACCCACAUCCCCAUGCUGGCCGAGGACGACGUGGUGGGCAUCCACAAGAUGUCGUCGGCGGCGGGCAUCUACGUCUUCAUCCAAAGCUUCGCGUGCCUGGGCGGGCCCCCGCUGGGAGGUAUCCUGGUGGACGUCACACAGAACUACGGCUCAGCGUUUUACUCCUGUGCGGUGGGGAUGGGCAUCGGGGCUGUGUUCCUGGGACUGGUGCGUCCGGCGAAGCAGUGGCAGUGCUGCACCAGAAGGGUGCGCCGGCAGGAGGACGGGGAGGCCGCAGAGCAGGCCGCAGCCCUACAAACCAAACAGGAAAUGCCCGUGGACUUCCUGGAGGUGGAUGUCGCCAUGGAGCCGAGCCACUGAAAACAACAGCCUGAGGGGGAAGUCUGAGCACUGGUGAUAUGCACGGAGACAGCCUUCUGUAAAGACACUGCGUCUCAGGUCAUGUAUCACUGGUGUGAGAAAGAUCGCAGGGGCAAGAAGAAAAAAAAAAAGUCUUAUGUUACGAGAGGUUCUUUGGGGAGACGGUGUCUACACGGGCUGCAAGCUUUCUCUUUCCUCUUGCAGUUUUUCUGGUCAGGGUUCGGGUCUGGUGACAACAGGGUUUUUUUUCUUCUUCUCAGAGCCGCGAAAGCGUUCCUGGUCCUGUCGAAGCGGGAUCAGUGACGGUCUGCGGGCGUGAGCCGAGCAGAAGCGCACUGCGCGGUCUCACUGACCAAAUCGGCAACCUUUAGCUUUUACACGCCUCUGCUGCAAGCUGCUCCACUGCUCUGUUGUGGUUACAGAAAAGGUCAAACGCACACCUGAAACCCACAAAAAGCCACACGUGUGUCUCUGUGUUUUUAUUCCUGAUUGUAGUUUUAAAAAAAAUAUAUAUAUAUAUAUUUUUUUUAAGUUGUCAAAAUGUUCAGACCAAUAUUAGACAAUGGAGGCUAGACCAUGCUGCCCUCGUACAAGCAGAAGAGUCUGGACUCUAACAGAAGUCAGUUAAUGGAAUCUGUACUGUAACAGAACAGUGAGUUAGUUAAUGGAGACUGCUCCCCUUAAAAGAACAGUGAGUUAGUUAAUGGAGACUGCUCUCUGUAACAGAACAGUGAGUUAGUUAAUGGAGACUGCUCUCUGCAUUUUUAGCACAAAUCCCAUCCUGACUGGCUGGAAACUGCCGUUAACAGGAUUCAUGCCAAAAAGUGUAAAGUUUAAAAGUGAUAAAACUACCUGUUCGAUUUCCUUCACACCAUGAUGGGAAACGAUGUGAGUGAAGAUGUGGGGGUGGCAGAGACCAAGAUGGACGUUCGUGUGGAAGCAAACCUCAUCCUACGGCUCUCACCGCCACACCACGCUUUGGUGAGCCAGUCUGUUGGCCCUGGAAAAGUAGGCACGGACAGGUCACUCUAAACCAGACAAUCCGGAAAGAAUUCCCAUCACCGCCUGCUCAAAUCACAUUUACAAACCCACAUCCAUCACAUCCUCCCACAUCCAUCACAUCCUCCCACAUCCAUCACAUCCUCCCACAUCCAUUACAACUUCCCACAUCCAUCACAUCCUCCCACAUCCAUCACAUCCUCCCACAUCCAUCACAUCCUCCCACAUCCAUCACACCCUCCCACAUCCAUCACAAGCUCCCACAUCCAUCACACCCUCCCACAUCCAUUACAACCUCCCACAUCCAUUACAACCUCCCAAAUCCAUCACACCCUCCCACAUCCAUUACAACCUCCCAAAUCAAUCACAUCCUCCCACAUCCAUCACACCCUCCCACAUCCAUCACAUCCUCCCACAUCCAUCACAGGCUCCCACAUCCAUCACAAGCUCCCACAUCCAUCACAUCCUCCCACAUCCAAACCAAAAAGGGAGCGGACGUAAACGAUCAACCUCCAAAGAUCCAGCAACCAAACAAAGAUGGCGAGGGACUGAAAACUCAGGUCAGCAGAAACGCACAAAUAUCGUCUGAUCGGCCUCGUUGAUUGUAUCUUCACUGAAUGUUUCAGGGAAGACAGUUACACUACACUGGUAACAAACAUAAGGCAACGCUGCUAGAGGGCUAUCAGGUGGCAGCCUUGAGCUUUGUGGAGGGAAAAAGCAAUCUAGCAUCACGCAGUCAGUCAGUCUGUCUGCUCUUAAUGCUGCUCGACCUAUGCACAGCGACUUGAACUUCCUCAGAAUGGGUGCCAUUCAGUAUGCUCAUGUACUAUAAUGGAUUUUUGUGAAUUGUUAUUUUUUACUUAUUUUUAAAUUAAUAUGCAUUGUGAAUAACACAACUUUGCCUAAACAUUUUUUAAAAUGUAACUGCACAGAAUAUAAGGUUGUAACAUUUUCAGACCUUGAAAUUCCAACUGCUGAUUUUUAUUUUUUAUUUUUACUAAUUAAAUAAAUCCAGUUUACAACAGUAAA